UCACGCUAUUGGUCAGAAACCACCGAAGCACCUCCUGCUUAGCUGCAUGCUCAUGUCAGAGAAGGAUAUCAUAAAGCGAUACUAGCGUUGUCUGAUGUGGAGCAGGAUAUUGAAGCCUCGGGUGAUUGGGAGAACAGCUUUCUAUUGGAGGAGUCUCUUCACCAUGCAGCUGAAGACCAGUGAGUUCAAGUCUCUGUUCAGUGAGGGGCUGAAGGGACUAGCAGAGUUGUUUGGGAAGCACCAGCAUGAGCUGAGGAUCGCUGGCGGCGCGGUGCGGGACCUGCUGUCUGGGAAGCGGCCUGACGAUGUGGACUUUGCCACCACAGCAACUCCAGAGGAGAUGAAGCAAAUGUUCCAGAAAGCUGGCAUCAGGAUGAUCAACAACAAAGGAGAGAAACAUGGGACCAUUACAGCAAGACUACACAAUGAGAACUUCGAGGUGACCACGUUGCGGGUGGAUGUUCAGACGGAUGGACGUCACGCAGAGGUGGAGUUCACCACGGACUGGCAGAAAGACUCUGAGCGCAGAGACCUCACCAUCAACUCCAUGUUUUUAGGGCUUGAUGGCACAUUAUACGACUAUUUCCAAGGAUACGAAGACCUGAAGGAGCGCAAAGUCCGCUUUGUUGGCAGCGCUGAACAAAGAAUCCAAGAGGACUACUUGAGAAUACUGCGCUAUUUCAGGUGGGCUGUCUCUAUUUCCCUUUAACCUUGUCCCGACCGCCACGACCCGAAGACGCUGGUCGCCAUCCGGGAAAACAGUCGUGGCCUUGCAGCGAUAUCUGGAGAACGGAUUUGGACGGAGCUGAAGAAGAUGGUUGUUGGUAACCAUGCUGAUCACCUGCUGGAGCUGAUGUACAGUCUGGAGCUGGUCCAGUACAUAGGUUUGCCUCCAGAUGGCAACGUGGAGGAGAUUAAGCGAGUGUGGCAGAAAGCCAAAGACCACUCUCCCAAGCCCAUGACCAUCCUGGCUGCUCUCUUCCGCCGCCCGGAGGAGGUGGAGAGGAUGGACCUCCGGCUGAAGGUAUCCAAGGAGGAAAAGACCCUGGCUCUGUUCCUGGUCAAAUACAGACGGGAGCUGUGCAAGAGCAGAGAGGAGCCGGACAGCCUGAAACCCUUCACUGACUUCAUCAUCGACAGUCGAGAGCUGGACACCCAGAGUAAAGUGUGUGAGCUGCUGAAGUAUCAGGGUGAGGAGAAGCUGCAUGCGGAGCUCAGCGGGUGGUCCGUCCCUCGCUUCCCCGUCAACGGGCACGACCUCCGGAGGAUGGGCAUCACGACGGGAAAGGAGAUCGGCUCCACCUUACAGGACCUCCGCGACGUCUGGAAGCAAAGCGGCUAUCAGAUGGACAAAGAUGAACUCCUCAGUCACGUGAAGUCGUGAUUUGAGGAGGAAAGUGGCUUUUGUCCUGUCGCACCAUAAUGGUUUGGCUGCUGUAAUUGUGCUCUUCAAGAGUAUUGAUUGAGACGUUUUAGUUGGAGAAUUAACGGACACGACAAGAAAUAUGACGAUCAGAGCUGCUGAUUUCAUUCUAAAGUAGCCCUAUUUUGUUCUCCAUCACCAUAUAAAGAGAUCACAACAUGCAUAUGAGGAAAAAUGUGUACUAGAAACAGCUUUUUAAUAUAAUUUGAUAUAUAAGUUUGGUUUUGUCUCCUCAGUUGAACUGCAGAUGUGUAUCAUUUCUGAAAAGAACAUGCUCUAUAAAUAGGUUGUACUUUUUAUUGAAAAUACUGAAAUGGUGAUUGUUGUGUUAAGGCAUGCAGUGCAGAAUACAACUCAGUGUGUG